AUGGAGGUGGAUGCAAGUGUGUGUAAAUACUGGCACUAUGAUGAAAACCUCCUCACCUCCAGCGUGGUCAUUGUCUUCCAUAAUGAGGGCUGGUCCACACUGAUGAGGACGGUACACAGUGUCAUCAAAAGAACCCCAAGGAAAUACCUGGCUGAGAUCGUCAUGAUUGAUGACUUCAGUAACAAAGUUCAUCUUAAAGAGAAGCUGGAGGAGUACAUAAAACAGUGGAAUGGGUUGGUCAAACUGUUCCGCAAUGAAAAGAGAGAGGGUCUGAUCCAGGCCAGGAGCAUAGGAGCCCAUAAAGCCACUCUGGGACAGGUGCUGAUCUACCUGGAUGCUCAUUGUGAAGUUGGGGUGAACUGGUACGCACCGCUGGUGGCCCCCAUUUCAAAAGACCGAACGGUCUGCACAGUACCGUUGAUAGAUUACAUAGACGGCAAUGAUUAUACCAUAGAGCCACAGCAGGGUGGGGAUGAGGACGGUCUGGCGCGAGGCGCCUGGGACUGGAGCCUCCUGUGGAAAAGGGUCCCUCUCAGCAGCAGGGAGAAGGCUAAGAGAAAGCAUAAAACAGAGCCUUAUCGGUCUCCUGCGAUGGCUGGAGGACUCUUUGCAAUAGAGAGAGAGUUCUUCUUCGAGCUGGGCCUCUAUGAUCCAGGCCUUCAGAUCUGGGGAGGAGAAAACUUUGAGAUCUCCUACAAGAUAUGGCAGUGUGGUGGGCAGCUUCUGUUCGUGCCAUGUUCACGGGUGGGGCACAUCUACCGUCUGCAGAGCUGGCAGGGAAACCCACAUCCUGCUCAUGUAGGCUCAUCCCCCACACUUAAGAACUAUGUGCGGGUGGUGGAGGUGUGGUGGGAUGAGUAUAAAGACUAUUUCUACGCCAGUCGGCCUGAGACUCUGACGCUGGCCUACGGAGACAUCAGCAGCUUGAAGAAGUUCAGAGAGGAACAUCGCUGCAAGAGCUUCAAGUGGUUCAUGGAAGAGAUUGCCUAUGACAUCCCUCUACAUUACCCACUGCCUCCAAAGAAUGUGGAAUGGGGAGAGAUUCGUGGGUAUGAGACCAGCUACUGCAUCGACAGCAUGGGCCACACCAAUGGUGGCAAUGUCGAAAUUGGGCCUUGUCAUAGAAUGGGUGGGAAUCAGCUCUUUAGAAUUAAUGAAGCAAACCAGCUCAUGCAGUACGACCAGUGCCUGACAAAGGGAGGAGACGGAUCUGCUGUCAUCAUAACACACUGCAACUUAAAUGAGCACACAGAGUGGAGAUACUUUAAGGAUCUACAUCGAUUCACACAUAUACCUACAGGGAAAUGCUUGGAUCGCUCUGAUGUCUUGCACAAAGUUUAUAUAGCUGACUGUGACAACAGUAAGAGCUCACAGAAGUGGGAGAUGAACAACAUUGUGGCAGUUUGAGAGCCAUGCUCAAAUGUGCUACAAGGAUAAACACUUGACUACAGCAACAGGUUUUACCAGUAUACAUGUGACUAGUUUUAGUCAUCACCCGAAUAACUCUGAAAACUGAUCAUAAACUUUUUUUUUUCCUCCAUUGAAGACAAUGUUUACAUCGGUUCAUCCCCAGUGCCCAUCGCAUGGGUUUUUCUUUGGAAUCUGUGGAUCGGAGAGGUCUACCUAACAGAAUGUUUUUCACAGAAUGUGCACAAUGUGUGCUGAGAUGAAUUAUCUAAUACCACUUUUGUUGCUGCUCCAUUAUAAAAAAACAGGUUGUCCGUCAAGUACUGGGAUUCAUAUCUUUUUUUUAACACUGGACCUUCAUCAUGUUUGAGAUGACAACCUGCUACUUGAACUAUUUUCGUCUUUGGCACAAUGGCACAUUUUUUUGCCAUAUACUAUGGAUAAAGCAUGGGAAUGGAGGGAAAUGGGGACAUAGGGUCAACAAUGAAAAAAAUGUGAUACAUUUAUUUUUAUCUACUGCAUAAAUGUUUGCUUGGUUGGGGAGAAUAGAUGUUUACUUUUAUGUGAAAAUCAGCGAUUGAUUAUAAUACUAUUCAUGGCCAAAAAUCAUUUCGAGCAAUUGGAGCAAAUUUAUGUUUCAAGGGCAAGAAAGAUUGCAAUGUGUACAUUUUUGUUUGUUUUGUACAAUGUAAAUAUGAUUAUUUCUAAAUUAACAUUUUGAGAUAUGGUGGGCUUCCCAAUGAAGGUGUAAAUAUCUAAGUUAUAAUGGCUGUUUUCUCAAGAAAAUAAAUGGAACAUUUUUACCAGUCUGCUGUAUUAAAGUGCUGUUUUUAGCAGGUUAAAUGAUAAUUCAACUAUUUAGAUGAUCAUGAGGAUUAAGUUAGAACUUUCCACAAAUAGGGUACCCCUUAGUAUCCUUUUUUUUAGGCAUACAUCACAUCUUUUCUGUAGGAAAAAUUGUUAAGAUAAAAUAUCUACUAUAAUACCGAACCAUGAAAAGUAGGUCACUUUAAUUGUUUAAUGCUGAUGCAGAAGCCAUGAUGUUGUUUCUUGAGUAGUUGUUCCAAAUUGUAUCCAAAAGAGUUGCAAAGCUAAAAUUAAGAAGCCAAACUGGUUAUAUUUAAUUGGUCAACAUUAUUGUUUUCGGAGUUCCUGAAAUAACCACCUCCCUUUAUUGAUGAAAAAAUGUCAUGCUAUUUUGGACUCUAUUCUUGGAAAGUGCCUACUAAAGCAGAAAUUAUCCCAAGCAUUUGAAUAAUUACAAGACAGUUUGUGUGCUAGUGAGGUUGUUCAAGGCAAUAGCUUGUGGAGGAGAAGCAGCUGUGCAGCAGUCUUAGUGAUACAGGUGAGCAGAUGUCAUAUGAUAUACAGUACAUCUUACUGCAUAGAACAUACCUAACCUAUAUAUAGGAUCACUUAUCACAUGACCAAGCUAAAGGACAUCGCAGCCCAAACAUAAAUCAUGCAUGUACUUUAGCAUAACUCUGGUUACAAAGGAGGUUGCAUGUGCAUUUAUGGCACUUAUUUCCCAGAUCAAGUCAUCCACUGGUGAGAUCAGCAUUUCCUUCUCCGAUGAGUCAACCAACUGACAAAAUAAGGUCCAAAAAUAAACAAGUUUAAGAUGACGGUUACACCCAAUCACAAGAAACUAAGCCCAACUGAAAAAUAGCAAGUGUAUUAGAAGCACAAAACUCUGCUUGUAAAACUAGGAGUACAUACAGAACAGCUAAUAAAACAGCUAAAGCGGCACAAUGUAAACUAAAAGGUUUUUAUUUUAAAAGCUAAGUUUCAUAGUUUGCCUAGCCCAUUAAUAGCUUUUGUAUUUCAAUAAUGUCAGUUACUCAAGCAGCACUAGCUGAAAUUCUGCAAAAUUCUUUUAUAAGUCAAAAUUGCACACAGUGAAAAGGGGAAUUGGUCAUAAUAUACAAAAUGUAA